CGAAAAAAUGAUGAAAGCUUUCCACAGUUUGGACGAAAUACACGUGUCGCUCCAUAUAACCCUCUCGGCACUUCUAAACUUUCUAAUAAUCCCAAUAUAAGACCUAACCCUUCAACAAGAACAUUAUUUAACCUCAAGAAGAGCAAUUCUUUAAGUGCUCGAUCUAACAACGUUCCAUCGGCCGAAAUGGACAAUCUCCGUACGGAAAAUGCCCAACUUCGUAUUGAGCUUGAAAGACUUCGUGCAGAACAAACAAAAAUUUUAUCUGAAAAUGAACAAUUAAAAGUUGAAAAUAUUAAAAUUUUACAAGAUAAAGAACGUGAUCGGACUCAAUAUCGAACCGAAUUGGAAGUGGCUAAUAACUUAAUAAUCGAACAGUCAACUACCAUGACUGAACAACAAUCUCUCAUUGAAGAACUUAUGGCUCAAUUAGACGAGCAAGAACAGGUCUGUCAAGAUCUUCAUAACAUGAUUGAUACUUUUAAGACCAAACAAAACCUCUCAGCCAAAGUUGAAGACAAACCAAAAGUUCAAAUAACCAGUGAUGAUGAUGAUUCUACAGCUCAAGUUUAA